AUUCUUUGCUUGUUCCGAUACGUGGAUUUAGUUUCAGAGCGGAUGAACUUUCUGUAUAUAAGAAAAUGAAUGAGAGUAAGAUAUUGUUGUUAAUAUGCAUUACAAUAUGUUUAUCAUUCCUGGGGCUGGUAUCUGUGGGAAUAGAACAAUGGUCGCAAUACAAGGAGUAUGAGGGAACCCCUAAAUUACCUACUCCACCUACGACCAAAGAACCCUCCAAAAAAAUUUCUUACGACGCAGUCUCUCUGAUUGCUUCGGCCGUAUCUGCCAUGACAAAUUCUCAGGUAUUGACCUAUUAUAAUUACUUGGAACGCGAUCAAGCAGACAUACGGGUAUACGAACAACUUGAUUUCAACGUAUUAUACAAGUCACGUCUGGUUGGUGGGCCGGUGGCGACUCGUGUCGAGAACAAUUCAUUAUUUAACCAAUCAUCAUCAUUUGAAGUUAAAGUACACACCUUAACAAAUCAAGAACUGCUCAUAAAAAAUGUAACCAGUGGAAACUCUGUUUACGAACUAAAGAAAAAAAUUAAAGAUAUUCUUGGUGCUGCGCCUCGCAUUCAGCGUCUUGUAUUUAAUGGACAAAGGUUACUGAAUGAGAAAUAUCUCGGACUAUAUAAUAUCAAUGCCAACAGCAUAAUACAUUUGGAAAUCCAGUCAAAAGAUGAUUUUGAGACCAUUAAAUUCAUCAAUCCUGACUUCGAGAAACAUAUAUACUUCGACAAGGGAAAACAUAAUGAUCGUUGUGGAUGGAAGAAGAUUGCGCCGCUAUCGUCCUAUGCACAAAACAACCUGAAUGUUGCAAAUGAUUGGUCUGAAGAGCAAGAGGUUGAAAUCCAAGAUAAUAAAGGAAAAAGAAAAUGGAAGAUUUCAUAUCAUGGAACAGAAAGAUAUCAUCAUCGCUCAAUCGCAGAUGAUGGAUACAUAGCAAGUAGGAGGUAUCAUAAUCUCGGCUUUAGCCAUGGAAUUUACACCACGCCUGACAUUAAGGUUGCCUCUUCGUAUGCAAAAAAAUUUGCUCAUAAUGGUACCAAAUUUGAGAUACUAUUUCAAAAUUUGGUGAAUUCAGAGAUUUCAGUUGAACUCCCAACACACAGAAUGCAUAACAAAUAUUGGAUUUCACCUGAUGAAGAUGACGUAAAGCUGCAUGGUAUUUUAAUAAGAAAUGUUGAUGACUGUUAG